CAGCGUAAAGCAAAUCGAUAGAACACAAUAGCAUUAAUGGCCAGAAAUAACAAUUACACAAGAGUCUACCGUGAGAUAUGUCGAUUUUUGGCUGUUAUUCUAACUCAUUUUCCGUUAAUUGCUUAUCAUCUUUUGUGGUUGAGAGUUAAGGGAGUUUGUAAGUCAGUUUACACCGGGAGAACCUAGGGUUUGGACUUCAUCGGCUGGCCUCACGAGAUCUAGAAGCGUUCACAUCAGUUGUCAUUGCUUAACGUCACCAUGUACAGUGCAGGUGGGACGGAGUGUACAACGCAGUAGUAUUUCAUACAGCGAGCAAGAUGCCCAGUCCAAGCGCAAGGGACAGGGAAAUAGCCACUUUACGCGAUAACCUGUUAGCCUUGGAGAGAGACUCUCGGAGUGUCUUUUACAACGGAAGUAAACCCAGUACCCCAAAGUCCCCUAGAAAGAGCACAGAGAAAUUCAAAUCAGCUUUCAGAAAAUGGAUGAGUACCGAAGAUUUAAGAUCUACAAGCGCUUCAAAAAGAGACGACCUGAAGGUCGACAAAAUAAGCAAGAACAACUUCAAGGCACCAAGUCUUGGUGGCGACCUCAAUGAUAAUAGGCCAGAUACAGCAGAUACGGCAAAAAUCAUGAAACCUCGAUUCCGAAAUCUAAGUCUAAUCGACACUGAUCAAGUUUUGAAGGUUCUGGGCGAUAAGAAAGGCUCUAAGGUCUUUAAAGAGACAAAAGGAUCUCGCCUCGUUGUGCAUAAGAUUCCGCCUGCUGCUAGUAAACCUAAUGGGGUGGAGGAUCAGAGAAAAACAUGCACUUCCGAAAAACAAGAAACAGCACCAGAAAUAUUAGACAGUGACAUAAACUCAUUUAUUGAUAGUGUUUUUGAACCAAUUCACGGGACAGACGACAAUGUUGACAGGCCGCAGUCAUCAUUCACUCCAAUAAGGCCUCGGCGACGAAUGAAAUCAAAAGAAGUGACUUCCAGUUUUGAUAGCGGUGUCUGCCUGUUCAGUGGAUCGGAUUCUGCUGGGGAUUCCCCAAGACUGUCCAGGCCAAUCAAAGCCUUGCAUGCAAUCCGAAUGAGUAGUGACAGUAAAGUAUCUACUGGAGAAAGAGAAGAGCGAUCUAGACUAAAAAGCGACAGCUUCCUCGUUCUUAACAAUGCUCCAAUACAAGCCGCCUCACUGAAAAUUGACGAGGGAUAUGAAGACGAAGAUUUUGUGCCCAGGGAUGAAAAUAUAAAUCCAUACGAUUCUCUGAUGGCCAUUGACAAAAAACACAGACGUACUGAACUCUGUGCAUCGCUAUCUGUAGACUCUACUGGUGUGUCCAAACAUAAAGAAAAAUUCGGUAUUGUGCGACCAACUUCUGAUGAAAAUGAAAAUAGCAAAUCGCCGCUGCGGAAAGCUAAAUCUCUGGACUCGACUCCCGUGAAAUCGUCUCAAGAACAGUCUCCUCCGUCGGCAAAUAAACGUGCAAGAAGAAUGUUACCACAAGUCCCCGGCAAUCUUUCAAACGAAACACAAAAGCCAGUUUCAAAAAACGGAAAUGAGAACAUCACGCCUAAUGAAUGCAACGCAUUAACCAAACAGGUUGGAAACCUAUCUAUGAGUCCAACUGAAUUCAGAGUCUCAGGAAAACGAAAUGGGACAGGUAAAAACACAGAAUCACGGGUCAACAUAGAAAUGGCUAAAACCAAGUCCAAUUGUAAUAGAAACUCUGAAUCGGAAAAGCGGCAUGCUAGCGAAACUUUUGUUAUUACAGGUGACAAUGCUUCCCACCAUUCAUUAUGUCGUACCGACGAGAUGGCAAGUGCCCGCAGUAGUCCUUUCGUACUGUGGAGUUCAAGCGACGAAGAGAAUUUGUUAAAACAUUCUAUGCAUUCAAGGAAAAAAGUAAGCCCUCACAACCGUAAAUCUCGUGACUCUGCUGUGGUGAGGUCUAGCAAAGGUGAUACACAUACCCAUUAUAAUCGCCCAAAGCCUCCGUCUUUACUUGCCAUAUCAAAAUGCUGUGACAUUGUACAUUUAACCAUAGAAAAGAAAGCGUUGGAGGAAUUUGGCUAUUCUUUUGCAAGAACUGUGUUUAGUAACACACAAUGUGAAAGAAACACGCCAGUGUCAAUUUGGACCAAGGGGGAUGUAAAAGACUCCUCGCCAUCUAGUUCUCCUACGGGAAAACGACUCGUACUUGGAGGAAAGUGCAGUGCGUUUACUCCUGUUGACGGAACCGCAGACACCAUAACGGCCCCCAGCCUUCUUAAAGUUCAAAUCUCGGGACGUGCUGGCGAGAGUUGUUAUCAUGCAGGGAAGCUGCAAGAAGGGGAUUAUGUUUUAGAGAUCAACGAGCAGCUGACCCUUGGUGCUACUAAAGAAGAAGCAGAGUCGAUAGUGAGCUCUGGACAGCACUAUAUCCAAAUGGUCAUUGCCAGACCCCGUGCAGUGACUAAAGCGUGUCAGGCAACUCUGAACUCGACUCACUGUGCUUCAACGACCGCGGCCACGGAAAUGCCUUCUUUGGACACCGAAAAGGUACAUCCAGAAGAAACCGACUGCACUGAUCUGGAAAAGGAAUUAAAAUUGUUGAAAAUCAGAUGCAAGGAUCUUCAAGAGGAGACAGCUAGAAAAGACGACAGGAUCGUACAUCUGUGCAAUCUACUGGAGGGCCAAACACAUCAGAGCAGAAAUAGCUACGCCGCCGACGGGGAAUACGAGACUGAAGUAGUUUCUGUCGUCUGAUAUUGAAUGAAAACUGAGGAUGCUUCAACGAACUAAAAAAUAAACAGGAUUUGGUAAUGUAUUGUUGGUUAUAAUCAAACCCGGUCGAGCACGUCCUUGCAUGAUAACAGGUCACAGUGACAUCGACGAGGUCAAAGUGACAACAACGGGGUCAGAGUGACAAUGGCCGAGGCCACAGUGCCAGCGACGAGGUCAAACUGAAAAGAUUUUGUCACGAAACUCGUGCCAUAAUUAACAAGAUAAAAUACUUUUGAUAGAUGUGCAUUCUCAUUUAUAAAUUCUUUAUAUACGUCGUAUCGAAAUUGUCGUCGUGAAUUAUGCACCUGCAAGCCAUAAUCAUUGCUGUACUUUAAAAAAUGGUGCAGUCCAUUUAUAAAGUUAUUUUAAAGAAUUAUGUCGAAAAUUCGUUUUAUUUUGUUAAUAAUACGCCCAUAUGAUGGAAAAAUAAAUCAAUUCAAAGUUGACGUCACCUUUGGUAGAUUUCCAAAUAAAACACUUCUCCGAUUCGA